UCAGAUUCAGAAUUAUGUAAACAAAAUGCCUGAAGUUUUGCCACCGUUAGAUUAUCCAACUAAACCAUCGUUAAAGUAUAUUAACAGAAACUACGGCCCUGCACCAGUCAAACAGUUAGAAUCUUUACAACAUUUAGGACGUCCUCAUGUUGAGUCCUUCAACUUUAUGCUUGAUGAGGGAUUAAAGUUUGCUGUAGGAGAUCUCAAACCUGUUGAGUUCGAAAUACCAUCAUCCAAAGCCCGUAUCUCUAUAUGGAUUGCGGAUGUGAAUGUGAGCAAGCCCACUGUAGUACCUGGAAAAAUCCUCACCAAAAAUCGUCAAACUUAUCCAACAGAAUACAGACAACGAGGAGGCUCAUACAAGGGUCGCCUGACGAUAAGAUGUGGAUAUUCUAUCAACGGGAUAUCCCGGCCCACCCAGGAGAAAAUCCUCGGAAACAUCCCCAUAAUGCUCAGAUCAAAAGCCUGCAACCUUGCCGGGCUCAGUCCAGCGGAUCUCGUUAAGCACGGGGAACAUGAACAGGAGUGGGGUGGUUAUUUUGUAAUUGGAGGUCAUGAACGGUUGAUACGAAUGUUGCAAACCACAAGGAGAAAUUAUCCUAUUGCCAUGAAACGUAACGGUUGGAAGUCCCGAGGAAAGGGAUUCAGUGACAUGGGAGUCUUGUUGGAGUGCGGGAAGAAGGACCUCACAACCACCAAGAACGUUCUUCAUUUUGUUACCAGUGGCACGGCCAGGUACAUGUUCUCUUUCAACAAGGAACUUUUCUUCGUCCCUGUUAUCAUGAUCCUCAAGUGUCUUAAGGACGUCACGGACAGCGAAAUAUACAGAGAACUCAUGGUUGGAGCAUUCAAUGAUCCGUAUAGAAGCGGUGUAACGAUCAAUAUGCUUCGGGAACUACAGGAGGAAGGACUCUUCUCCAGGGACCAGGUCAGGGAGUACAUCGGUAGAUCCUUCAAGGAAAAGGUUCGAUACUUCGUGCCCGCCUGGUACACUAACAUGGAUAUCUGUGAUUGGCUGAUGAUGCGCUGUGUCGCAAUUCACACUGACGACCCCAAGGAGAAGUACAGUGUCAUUUGCGUCAUGAUUAAGAAACUUUUUGCGUACGUUCAGAACAAAUGUGUGACCGAAGGCGUUGAUUGCUUGAUGAUGCAUGAAAUAGUUCUAGGUGGGCAUCUUUACCUUCAGCUUGUUAAGGAGAAGCUAGAGGACUGGUUGGUUACAAUGAAAGCAAUUAUCCUGAGAAAGGCGAAGAGUGAAGGUCCAAGCUUUAGUUUAACCCCGGAGACGAUGAACUGGUGUGCUGCAAGGUCCGGUAGUAUUGAGAAACCAUUUGAAAACUUUCUAGGAACUGGAAACCUGCCUAGUAAGACGGGGUUGGGUCUCAUGCAGAGCAAGGGAUUGACCAUCAUGGCGGAGAACAUCAACAGGAUGAGGUAUAUGUCCCAUUUCAGAGCCAUACACAGAGGGUCAUUCUUCCAGGAGAUGAGGACCACCGAGGUCCGAGCCCUUCUCCCUGACGCCUGGGGGUUCGUGUGUCCGGUCCAUACCCCGGACGGAUCUCCCUGCGGACUCCUUAAUCAUCUCUCAAUGCCGGUGGAGAUCGUCACUCAUAUAAUAGACGUGAGCAAGAUCCCUGGUAUCCUGGUACAGCUAGGAAUGAUACCCUACGAGGAUCUAGGUAAACACGAGGAGCUGUUGGAGUAUUAUGAUGUAUUAUUGGACGGGAAGGUUCUAGGUUGGGUUGCUUCCACGAAGAUAAGAGCUGUGUCUGAGAAGUUGAGAGCUAUCAAGAUAAACCCAAAUGAUCCCAGAGUUCCAACAAUGACAGAAAUUGCGUAUAUUCCAAACAGAGAUGUUCCAGGUCAGUUCCCCGGCUUGUAUAUAUUCAGCGGCCCCGCCAGGAUGAUGCGUCCUGUGUGGAACCUCGCCGGUAAUUGUGUCGAGUACAUCGGGACCCUGGAGCAGGUCUACAUGGAGGUCGCCAUCAGGGACUCCGAUGCUGUGUUCGGGUUAUCCACCCACAAGGAGAUCCGUCCUACAAACUUCCUCUCCAACCUGGCCUGCACCAUUCCCCUGCCCGACUUCAACCAGUCCCCCAGGAACAUGUACCAGUGUCAGAUGGGGAAACAAACCAUGGCUUCCCCAAUCCACACCUGGCACCUCAACUCUGAAACUAAGAUUUAUAGACUUCAAACCCCCACCUCACCAUUCUUCCGUCCUGCGCACUAUGAUUUUAUAGGAAUGGAUGAUUACCCAAUGGGAACAAAUGCAAUCGUGGCCGUUAUCUCAUACACUGGGUACGACAUGGAGGACGCCAUGAUCAUUAACAAGAUGUCCUUUGAGCGUGGUUUCUGUCAUGGGAUGAUCUACAAAGCAGAGUUUGUGGAUCUGAGAGAGGUUGCUGGGCUCAGAAAGAAUGCCGGAGGGGAUUCUUGUGGAUUAAUCUUUGCCCGAGAUCCAACGAAGGCUGCCUACCUUUCAGCUUUCCUGGACGAGGACGGUCUCCCGUAUCCGGGUACUAAACUAGUUGAGGGGGAUCCUCUUUACUGCUUCUUUAAUCAGAACGAGGUUAAGUUUGUCGUCAAGAAGUACAAAUACACCGAACCGGUUAUUGUCGACUCCGUCAAACUGUGUUCCAACGAUGCUGGAACUAGUUUUAAGAACAAAGCCGUCAUUUCAUUCAGAAUUUCAAGAAAUCCAUCCGUGGGAGACAAGUUUGCCUCUAGGGCGGGACAGAAAGGUAUUUGCAGCCAGAAAUGGCCCUGUGAGGAUAUCCCCUGGACGUCUAACGGUCUGUUCCCGGAUAUUAUCUUCAACCCUCACGGAUUCCCCAGCAGAAUGACAAUUGCUAUGAUGAUCGAGAAUAUGGCAGGAAAAUCCGGGGCGAUCAACGGAACUGUUCACGAUGCCACACCCUUCACGUUUAGCGAAGAUAAGGACAACGACGCCAUCACCUACUUCGCGGAGCAGUUGGAGGAGGCCGGGUACAACUACUUUGGUACAGAGACCUUGUACUCCGGGAUUACAGGUCUAGAGAUGACAGCUGACAUUUUCUUCGGAGUAAUUCACUAUCAGCGACUGCGUCACAUGGUAAGUGAUAAGUAUCAGGUUAGAUCGACCGGUCCUAUUGAUAUUCUCACCCGGCAGCCGGUCAAGGGAAGGAAACGCGGUGGUGGAGUUAGGUUUGGAGAAAUGGAACGUGAUAGCAUGCUCUCUCACGGGACGAGUUCACUUCUCCAGGAUAGGAUAUUCCACGGCUCCGAUAGGACGAGGUGUAGUCUCUGUAGAAAAUGUGGAAAUAUUCUUUCUCCCAUAAUUAAGGUGGGGAUAAAUGUUUCUGACCGUGAACUGAAUGAACCGUGCUGUGCCUUGUGUGGACAAACUAAAUACGUCGAGAGUUUUGAGGUUCCGUACAUAUUCCUGCAUCUAGUCAAGGAGCUCAUCUCUGUCAACAUCAACCUACGGAUCGACGGAACCAUGGAGUAGGAUCUCUCGGAGAAAUAUAAAUUUUUUAACUUUUCAGAA